UUUGGUAGGCGCGGCGUCGCCGAGGACAUCCGCUACAUGCUCGCCAUGGCCAAGGUGCCCUACGAGGACAAGCGCUUCUCCUUUUCCUUCGGCGUGCCCGGCGACUUUAGCACGAUCAAGCGCCCGGAGCGCGUCGGCCGCGUGCCCAUCCUCGAGGUGGACGGCGUGAAGGUCGGCCAGUCCAAGGCCAUAGCGCGCUACGUCGCCUCCAAGUACGGCUUCGCGGGCGCGAGCGCCAUCGAGGCCUUCAAGAUCGACUGCCUCUGCGAGCACGUCGUCGACAUCAAGGCCACGUACCAGAAGGUCAAGGGCGACGGCGACGAGGCCAAGGCCAAGUACUUUGGGGAGACGCUCCCCGGGGAGCUCGCCAAAGUCGAGAAGAGCCUCGGCGACGCGAAGGGCCCCUGGCUCGUCGGCUGCAAGCCGAGCCGCGCGGACGUCGUCUUCAUGGUCUUCCUGACGGAGUUCUUCGACAACGUCGAGGGCGCCAAGGCCGCGACGCCGCCGAAGAUCCAGGCCGCGAUCGACGCGGUCUCCGCGCUCGACGCGGUCAAGGGCUGGAAGGAGUCCCGCCCGCAGACGCCCUUCUGA